AUGAAGAUCUUGGUUCCAUUUUCUUUUUCUACUUACUUUGGUUCGUUCAACUCUUUGCUUCCCGAAAUUAGUGUUUCAUCCGUGCGUUUGCACAUUUGCGCAUUAGGCUGUCCAACUGAAAGGAAAAAAACACGUAACAAAGCAAAAGUUAAUAGAAAUAAGAAAGGAGGGUUCAUGUCCUUCAAUGACACAUCAGACUUGAACAGGUCAAGGUUGGCGGUCACAGUGCCUAAUUUAUCCUCCCUUGAUAUGCGCGAGUCUGUCGCUCUCAUCAACCAAAUCACAAACCUUCUGGCUGAUGUUGCGGCUAAUCCCCCGCUGCCAGGGGUGCCAACCACAGAGAUCGAGAGUCAGAUGGUGAUGUUACAAUCGGUUCUCGAUCCCAUCAAGGAGCACGUCGCGGCGAUGCGAAUGGCCCGAAAAUUAAAAGAACAACAACAUCUCGAAAAGGUUUAUCGGCAACGUGUGGAAACAGCGGAGAAAACUAAAAAGAAAAACGAGGAAACGGAAAAGUAUACGACGGAGCAACAGCAGCGCAUAAAAGACACAAAAUCCUUCUAUUACCAAAGUCUAAACAAAGGAGUUGCUGAGAAAGCAUCUCAAUGCAGGGCGCGAAAUGAAGAUGCCCUACUCAGUAUCAUCAACAAGGGGGAAGAAACUGAAAGGAGCCGAUCUCGCAGGCUGGAGAAACUCAGGCGUGAUCGUGCGAUGAAGCAGCUCGAGCUGCGAAGACGGCGAUUGGAAAACAUGGAACGCGCCAGGUCUGUCUACUCCCGUUGCCACAUUCAGAGAACCAUGGAACACUUGGCGAGCCAGCAAGCGGCUGAAAUGCGCGCGAAGGAAGUUGAGGCAAAGCUAGAUUCUGUGCGAAAGUCUCGGAUUUCAACCGUAGCGGCGAGGUGUUAUAGCAGAUGUGACGCAAAGGCCUCAAUCGAUGAGGAAAGUGCUAGAUCUCUACCGAACCUCAAAAAUUAUGAGGAACUCCUAGAGAAGUUGGAGGCCAAACAUCGCCAGCAGCAAGAGCGGUGUGCGGAACAGAAGGCAGCUCACCUAGAAUAUCAGAGAAUGCGUGCGAACUAUGCUGCCAAUAGACACCUUCGGCAAAAGACUAACGCUUUGCGCCUCAUUGAAGAGAACAUAGCUAGAAAUGAAGCGAUCAUGGAAAGAUUCAAUCAGAAAAUGCAAAGAAUCAAACAACUUAAGGAGGCUCAGAUUUCGGAAUGCAAAGAAUCGCGUAAAAACUUAAUCCACGAUAUCGAAGUGCAUAAAUCUCGUGCAGAUCAGAUUCAGGCGCAACGGGAGAUCGAUAUUCUGUACAAGAAUUACCGACGCUGGAAUCAUCGUGGGGCUUGUAUGAUAGAAAAAGUCCGCCGAGCGCUUUACGCAGACGGAAGCGAGUCAGAUUCAAGAAUUUUUGGGAGUGCGGCAGGUCGCGAUUGA